AUGCCGCUCACUGUGAACACAUCCCGCAACAUCCCGUCCGCCAACUUGUCUAGUGAAGACCAUGUCAUUAAGACAAAGUACAAGGGUACUAGUGACGAUCUUAAGCAGUUCAUCAGGAACCUUCCUGAAAUUGAGACUUCGGAGCCAGAGUCUGAGGAGCCGUUGGUCAUACCUAUGAACUUGAAGAAGUGUGUAUUUGAGUUGGUCGACGCAGAGGCUCAAGCUCCAGAUGUUGGCCAUCAGUCGGAGACCGGCAGUGUAACCGAGUCGGAAGAUGACGAAGAGUUCAUGGGUUUUGUCAAAGGGCUUGGCGAAUACCACGGAGCUGUGAAAAGGCGCCGCUCUGCUAUAGACGUUGCCGUCGUAAACAAACGAGUCAAGACAGAGGGCCCAUCUGACAGCUCUCGCGCUGCGUUGAAACCACCUCUUUCAUUCUGCAUCCCUCGUGCAACACGCCGGCCGCCGUGCUCUUCCCGCGGGUCGUGCCGCAGCCUCGCCACGCCCUCCCUCCUCGCCGCGGGCGACGGCAACGCCGGCCUGCACGACCCGCGCAACGUCGUAAUCGCGGGCGAGAGCUCGAGCGGCGCAAGCGUAGUCAUGCAGAUCGCCGCGUACGGCGGGCAGCGGGAGGCUCCUUUUCAGUGUGGUACAGGCGAGUCAAUCGGGUUCGGGCCGAUGAUGAACGAUACCCAGAACGCGGAGCUGUUCGCAAACAUCACCCAAUGGGCCGGCUGCCCCUCCUCCCCCGAGUCCACUGCCCUCGCAUGCCUACGUACCACCUCGCUCGGCGCCCUCGUCUCCGUAAUCAACCACACCCCGCUCGGCGCCGUCUCGCCCACCGUCGACGCCGCAGUAGGCGCGGACGCCUUCCUCCCCGACCGGCCCUCGCGCUUCAUUGCCCAAGGCAAAUUCGCGAGCACGGGGCGCCGGCGGAUCUGCAGACGGAGGAGGAGGUGA